CUCCGUCGCAGGUCCAAGGCUUCGUUCAAGACUGAAAAUGGCUCAAGCAGCAACUCGGAAAAUGGCAGCGUUAUGGACCAACAGCCCGGCUCCUCUGCUCAAUCCUCCACCAACCUCAGCCUGAAGCCUUCACCGCCGACCACCACAUCUCUCUCCUCUCAGCGCUCGCAAUCACACAACAACCUGGCAUCCCUCAAUGGCAGCGUCAAAGGUGGUCCGCCAGUUCCGCCGAGGCCUGGAAUGAGUGGCGCCUCCAGCAGUCGUUACAGCAUAAACGUGCGGUCGAACAGGUUCUCAGACCACAUUGGAGAUCGCCAGGCACCUGCUACAUCUCCUCUUGCACCGAGAGUGUUGUCCAUAUCGGAUGGUUCAUGGGUGCAUCAAAAAGUCCUGCUGAUCUUCGGCCAAUGCGCUGACCCUGCGAACCCUGUCGAUGGCGAGGUCACCGUCUGUCACCAUCAGGACAACUUCCCUCCUACACAAUGGCCUGUCAACGACUCGCACUUCAAAGCGUUGGUCUACUUACAACCAGGUCCGAACCGAAUACGCCUCGACUUUACAUCGCCGAAAGUACACUCACCCACCACAUCGAUCCCAGCGCACUCCUCGUGGAUCAACAUCAACUUCCUGCCUCUGAUUUCCGCACCGCCGCUCCAACUGUGCAUACUCGUCGCGAAGGACUCGCCAGAAACGUACGAUGCGGUUCCCGAAAGAGUGAGGACGGAGGGAAAUGGGUUGGCGACUGCAGUGAAGAAGUUCAGAAUGGCGGCAUAUCUAUGGCAAGCUUUCACAGCGGAGCAGAUGAACCGAAAUGGGUUCGGUAGGAGGUGCUAUCGGUAUGAGGAGGAAUGGCAGCCAGGGACAUUGACGUGGAAAGACCAAGAGACUGGUCAGAUGCGGAACGAGGCAAAGAUUCACAUCAUCCGCCUGCAACAGACGGUGGCUGAGGUUCAAGAUUUGGAUGUGGCACAACAGGGUGGAGGAAGCAAGAAGGGCGACCUGUUUGGAAUGGCCAUGGACGCAGUAAAGGGAUACUUUGCCGCGCGUGCAGGACAGCCGCAAUACGUUACUUGUAUGUUCCUCGAUUCGAAGUGGGACAAGCAGGCCAAUUUGAUCCGCGGACAUGCAGCUCUCGGCGGUGGCACGUCAGAAGUCAGAUUGGCCAUCUUUGGAUCCCAUUGCCUGCAGUCUUACCCUGCGCAUAUUGAGGAAGUGGUUCCGGCCUUCACCGACUGCACCCGGACCGACACGGACUACGUCGCCAAUGACUGCAAUGAAUCUGGCAGUAAUUGGGAAGCGGCCAACAUCGGUAUUGGUGCCCACAUGCACGAGACCGGUCAUCUCUUUGGCUCUCCCCACCAAGAGACAGGCGUCAUGCUCCGCGACUAUGUCACACUCAAUCGCACUUUCACCACGCGGGAACCAUACUCCACCCGCACCAAACAGCAAGGCCAGCGCCUGUGUCUGCCCAAAGAUGAGUGCGCGUGGCACCGUCUCGAUGCCCUUCGCUUCCGCUUCCACCCAUGCUUUCACCUACCAGGCGAUCCUUCCAUCAUAGGCGACACCUCCAUCCAGGUUUGGAGCGUCGAGAACAAUCAAGUCCUCAUCACCUCCGCCACGGGCGUUGCGUGGAUCGAGAUCUUCACCGAAGGUGACGAGCUUUGCCGCCACUGGAUCGAAUACCUAGAACCCGGUGCAAGCCCGACGACGACUCCCCGGCAGAUCACCAUGACCGAAGCCACGCUGAAGGAGCACCUGCCCGCUGAAAAGCGCAAGAAGAAGCUUGGCGUCAAGAUCUUCUCCUGCGCUGGAACCGAAUACGAAGUCAAGGACUUUUCCUCCCUGCUCUCGUCCGAGAAUCGUCUCAAGCUUCCCGAUGGCCGACCAGGAUUCAAGUCCUCCAAGUUGGGACAUUCAUCGAUGAACACCUCCCGCCCAAUCCAACACAUCCUCGGGCCCUGCGAGAAGAAGUCACUCGACCGCAAACUCAGACUACUGCUUUCCGUUCGCGUCUACCACGGCUCCUGCCUUGACGGCAUGGAAUUCGUCUACGAAGACGGCACGUCCGAACUUUUCGGUAACCGGGGAGGAAAGCCCGGCGGGUCCGAGUUCGCGCUGGACACGCGGAAGGGAGAGAUGCUCAUGGGAUUUUAUGUGAGAGCAGGAGCGUGGAUCGAUGCGGUCCAGAUUUUGACGAGCACCGGGAGGAAGAGUGAGAUAUUCGGCAAUGCGACUGGCGGAUCGGGGUAUUGGCUUGUUCCGCCUCGAGGGUAUUCGAUUGCGGGUGUGUUUGGCAGUUGUGGGGGUUGGGUGGAUGGGUUCGGGUUGGUCAUUACUCGGUGAGGCGGACAAUGGUUCUUUGCAUUGGAUCGAUUUACCUGGAUGAGCUUGUCCUGAGAGUGGGAGAAGCAUUGCGAGCAUUUGGUCUGAACAGAGACUUGUCGCGCGCGCGCGAAAGAUGCGUGGAAAUAGAAGGGUAUUGGCUGCCAGAUGCGAGGAAUUGGGCAACUUGCAGGACUACAGGAUACCGGCGGUGUCUUGUCUUUCGAACCAUCUCAUGGGCC